AUGCUUCCUAGCGGCAACAUUCCAAAGAAUGGACUUGACUUCUUCGCACAAUUCUUAUCCCACCUGAGAGAGGUGUGGCUGGAAACAUGUGAUCUAGCUGAGCAACAUUUGGCUGAAUGUCGCAUCAAUCAACUCGAAAAAAGAGGUAGUGACCGUGAACUCAUACUACGGCUCGCACAAAACGCGCAAACAUGGGCUAACCUUCGCAAAAUCUUGAAGGAACAAACAAAGACUGCUCAAGAGUUUGCUUCCAGUUACGCCUUUCGCUACAACGGAAUCCAGGGCUCCGAUGAGAUGGAUACUUUGCUAUCUGAUUUCACUACUACGAUAGGUAGGCGGCUCGACGGGCUCGAUCAGACCGUAAGAGAUCUGCUGCAGCUGGUACGUUCCGUCAGCGGACUUCCGAGUAAACUCCCCCCAGCUCAUUUUGUAAAGGAAUUCGCCUGGGUAUCGAUACACGAUGUUCAUAGGUCGAUCAGUAUCGCUACAAGCACGAAACGCCUGAGCUGGAUAACGUUCAUCUUUCUUCCUGCAAUGUUUACAUCGAGCCUGUUUGGCAUGAACGUCGAUAUCUUGAAAGACAACCCUGACUGGCGCUGGUUCUUCCUCGCUGGAAGCAUUUGUCUGGUAUCUACCAUAUGUGCUUGGCUGAUCUUCAAGUACUGUCCAAUUGAAUCAUGGAUCGAGAAAGAGGUCGGACAAAAGUUACGGCGCAUUGCGAAGGUUUCCGUACAAGUUGCUGCUGAACGAAAAGGAUCAAAGGAGCCGCAGAAGUUACCUACCUGA